AGAAUUAAGUUCAAACUUAAAAUAGAUGAAUAAGAAAGAUAAGAAACGAAGUGUUAAUAGUUUGAAAUUUACAGGAAGCUUUAACUGCAUUUAAUUUAAAUCUUCAUGAGAGUUGCAUCUUCAAAGUUCAAAAAUCGAAAGUGAGGGUGCUCAACGAAUCGUGCAAUCGUCCAAUCGUCCAUCGCUUAGUAUUCUGAUCUGAAGAAACCCUAACAUUAAACACCCCCUUCUCUGAUUGUUUCAUUUGUUGCCCUUCCAAUGGAUUUCUUCAGGUCCGUCUUCUCCGAUGAUCCAGAACCCGCCGAUUCGCUCAACGCCCAAACCUCACCGCCAAACUCUCCCCCUUUGACGCCCACUGCGCAAUCCAAUCCAAGCCCUAAUCCUAAUCCUAAUCCUAAUCCUAAUAUUUCUAUGAGUGAUGGCGCCUGGAGCUUCGGCGGUCUCAUCAAAACCCUAACCUCGAGGUCCGAAACGGUGAUCGAGACCUACCGGCGCGAUAUAGAGGAAUUUAGGUCCGGCCUCAAGAAGGAGACAGCAGUGAUCCGAGAAGUUGCCAGCCGCGCCGUCAAAGAUCUCCCGGGAUCUCUCGAAAUUGGGGCGUCGGUGGCGCAAGAGUCGCUCGAGUCCGUUGGACAGGCCAUUGACGAUUUUGGGAGCUCGGUGUGGCGAGGUACGGCUGAGAUCAUUUCCCAAGGUAGGGACACCCUUUUAGCCGCUGAUCAUGAUAGCGAUUAUUCUUCGGAUAAUAAUAGCCAGCACUAUAGUUUGAGUUCAAAGCGGUACAGUCGGUUUGAUGCGCAGGUGCGUGCUAUUCAAUGUGAUAAGAACACCUACUGUGAGGAGCCUGAGGAUUUGAGUGAUUAUGAUAAGUGGAAAGUCGGGUUUGAGCUUGACGAGAAGGUUGUGGAGAUUGAAAAUUUGUUUGUAGAAAAUGGGGCGAUGGAAGGGAUUUAUAAGAAACUUGUUCCAAGUAUAAUCGAUCAGGAGAGCUUCUGGAGCCGGUACUUUUAUCGGGUUCAUAAGCUUAAGCAGGCGGAGGAUGCAAGAGCUAAUCUUGUGAAGAGAGCAAUUUCUGGGGAAGAGGAGGAAUUGACUUGGGAUGUUGAUGACGAGGAGGACGAUGCAGAAAGUACUUCUAAUGUCACUGAAACAAAGAACGAUAUUACAGGAAAUAAAGAAUUAGAGAAGAUUGGUUUGUCCAAGUUCUCAGAGGAGCGUAAGAGUGUUGAAAGCCGGGAGAAGAACUCUACGAGUGAAAGUGGUGAUGAUGGUACUGUUGCUGAAUUUGGAAGUGCCGAUCCAAGUGAUGCAUUUGAAACUAAUAGCAAUAAGUCAGUGGCAAAGGCUGAUGAGAAAUUGGUUGUGGAGGGGGGGAAGGCUGAUAAUGCUGGAUCUUGUAAAGAUAGUGAUGUUUCAGUUGUGUCAAGCCAACCGUCAGUGCCUGAGGAAGAAGACCUUGGGUGGGAUGAGAUUGAAGAUAUUGGAAACAAUGAUGAGAGCAAGGUAGUUGCUGGUGGGAGCCCAAACAGGGCUGAUUUACGCAAGCGACUGAGUACUGCAGAAGAAGACGAAGAUCUGACUUGGGAUAUUGAAGAUAAUGAUGAUCCUAAUUAAGUCAUGAUCAGACCUUGAUCUAUUCUCACUCUCAAGUGUGUUGGCGUACAUUGCUAUCAUUAUUUGGUGACUUAAGCAAAUAAUGUAAAUAUGUGUCUUUGUAUGUUUUCCUCUAGAAGUGUAAGCGAUCAUGCCCAUAGAAUGUUCUCAUUCCCUCCAAAUUAAAAUCAUUCUUAAAACUUUGUGCUCAUUGUUUGCCAAUUAAUGGAAUUUCAAUUGUUUCUACUUAAA